CUUUGAACAGAUGUUCUUACACUAUGCCUGAAGAUACUCCAACAACAACACUAGUGUCAGAUGAAAGUGAGCAGCGGACUGCCGUAACGACGUCGUCUACGCUGACAGCAGAGGAGAAAUCUGAUCAUCAUCAUCACAUUCUUAUUCCUCCAAAACCAGAUCCAAACCCUAACCCUACUAGGGUUUUGAUGAACAAGAAAUUCAUUGUGCUGAUACUGACCAUUCUAACCUUCAUUUUGUCCUUACCCAUCCUCUUCACCCUCAUCUACUUGCUCUACACGCAGCAGUACGACUGCGAGGAUCUCCUCCGCCUCCCGAGGCUCCAAUACGCCAUCGUCAUCGGCCUCGUUGUCGUCUUCCUCGUCAGCAACCUCGGCGCUUACAUCUUCGCCUCCCGCUUUCCCAUCCCGGCGAUUAUCGUCGUCACCGUGCCUCUUAUCGUCAUGCUCGUUGUCGGGCUGGGCCUUGUCGGAGCUUACCAAGCCGAGGCCCGCAAGAUCCCGGGUUCCCCGCCAUGGCUCAAAUCCAAGAUGCACGACGACAAUGCCUGGCCCGCCAUUAAAACUUGCAUCUAUGAGACGAGAACUUGCAAGGAUUUGAUCGCCCGAUCGUACCUUCUCAAAUCAUUUAACUUCUUGGCUACUGAUAAGCUAUCAUCAACCGAGGCGGGAUGUUGCAGACCGCCUCCGGUGUGCGACAUGGAACUGGUGAAUGUCACAUAUUGGAGGCGGCCGUUGAAAAAGAAAGACGAGGAGAACUGGGGAGAGUACAAUAACAAGGAUUGCAAUUUGUGGGACAACAAAGAAAGCGUUUUGUGCUACAACUGCAAUACGUGCAAAGAAGGGUUCGUGAAGAGCUUGGAGGGGAAAUGGCGGCGGCUCGGAGCUUUCCUCAUUGCCAUCUCUUUGUUACUCAUCGUCUCCCAUCUCUUGCUCUUUGUAGCUACCAUGUGGGAACGCUACGGAGCAUAGCUAAAUAAGUAAUUCAAGGUUUUAUUUUAUUCUGCAUUAUAUAUAUAUUAUUGUUAGAUUAACUAGAAAUUAAAAUAGAAAUAGCUACUAGCUAGGUAGCGUUGGACGUCUACAAGGGAUUUCUUCUUGUUUUUAUUUUAUUGGUAAAAUAAAUUAGGGGUAUUAUUUGUAUUGUUGCAUCUACUAAAUCUUUUUUCAGUACGGUUUAAUUUAUCUACUCUAUUUAUC